AUGUCUGGUCCAGUUUACUACCUCAACGCCCUGGCAAGCUGCGAGCUCCAACAAAGCACACAGACUAUUUGCCUUUUCCUUGAGAGUACACCCCCAUUGACAAGCAAAAUGCUGACUUUAGUCGGCCUUGCGCAGUCUGAACCCAGUGGUGAUUUCGGUCUCAUUGGCCUGGCGGUCAUGGGCCAGAACUUGAUUCUCAACGCUGCCGAUCAUGGCUUCACUGUUGUUGCCUUCAACCGAACCGUCUCCAAGGUCGACCGCUUCCUUGAGAAUGAGGCCAAGGGCAAGUCUGUUGUCGGAGCCCACUCCAUCGAAGAAUUCGUCUCCAAGCUCAAGAAGCCCCGUCGUAUGAUGCUCCUGGUCAUGGCUGGUCCUGCCGUCGACGACUUCAUCGAGAAGCUGCUGCCAUACUGUGACAAGGGUGAUAUCAUCAUUGACGGUGGAAACUCCCACUACCCUGACAGCAACCGCCGAACUAAGUACCUCGCGGAGAAGGGUAUUCGAUUCGUCGGCACUGGUGUGUCUGGAGGUGAAGAGGGUGCUCGUUAUGGUCCAUCAUUGAUGCCCGGUGGAAACGAAGAGGCUUGGCCUUACAUCAAGGACAUCUUCCAAAGCAUUGCUGCUAAAUCUGAUGGUGAGCCUUGCUGCGACUGGGUUGGUGACGAGGGUGCUGGUCACUACGUCAAGAUGGUUCACAACGGUAUCGAGUACGGUGAUAUGCAACUGAUUUGCGAGGCCUACGAUGUCAUGAAACGUGGUCUCGGCCUCAGCUACAAGGAGAUGGGUGACAUCUUCGACUCAUGGAACAAGGGCGUCCUCGACUCAUUCCUCAUCGAAAUCACCCGUGAUGUGCUCCGCUUCAACGACGACGACGGACAACCCCUGGUUGAGAAGAUUCUUGACGCCGCCGGCCAGAAAGGUACUGGAAAGUGGACUGCCAUCAAUGCUCUGGAUCUUGGUAUGCCUGUUACCUUGAUCGGUGAAGCCGUUUUUGCCCGCUGCUUGAGUUCCAUCAAGGAUGAGCGUACCCGUGCUUCCAAGCUUCUUACCGGCCCCAAGCCAAACUUCACCGGCGACAAGGCUGCUUUCCUAAAGAACCUCGAGCAGGCAUUGUAUGCUUCCAAGAUCAUCUCGUAUGCUCAAGGUUUCAUGUUGAUGCAAUCCGCUGCUGUUCAAUAUAAGUGGAAACUCAACAAGCCAUCCAUUGCCUUGAUGUGGCGUGGUGGUUGUAUCAUCCGAUCCGUCUUCUUGAAGGAUAUCACCUCAGCCUACCGCGAGAACCCAGACCUCGAGAACUUGCUGUUCAACGACUUCUUCAACAAGGCCAUCCACAACGCUCAGGACGGCUGGAGAGACGCAGUUGCCUUCGCCGUCAAGGCUGGUAUCCCCACACCUGCUUUCAGCACUGCUUUGGCCUUCUUUGAUGGUUACCGCACCAAGGACCUGCCGGCCAACCUUCUGCAGGCUCAGCGAGACUACUUUGGUGCUCACACCUUCCAGAUCAAGCCUGAGUACGCCAACGACAAGUUCAAGGUCGGCGCCUACACCCACGUCAACUGGACUGGCCGUGGUGGAAACGUUUCCGCCUCGACCUACAAUGCAUAGACGAUCGUCCCGAUUGCAAAACAGCUUGUCAUGGGCGGCAUGUUUCGGAACACUGCAAUCGCAUAGUGGGUGAUGGAUCAUAAGUGGACAAUACAAAAGUCGUCGCCUUUAGAUGCGUUCCUAAUGUGCAAUGAACACGUUUUGGGCGGGGAUCACUUUCUUUCUGCGCACGAUUAGGCAUUAUAUGGAUCUUCCUUCUGUGCAGCUUUGAGUAGUUUGCAUGACAAAGGUUAUCUAAGAAGUCAUCUAGUUAGUGCCUAGGAAA